AUGGCCACUGCUGCUGCAAUCCAUAAUGUUCCUGCUGACGAGACCCUGCCCAGAGACCCUGUCUCGGUCGAGCAGCUGCACUCCAACCCCGUGCUGGUAGAGGAGAAGCCCAGCUUCAGCGGCGAUGUCACUGCUACGGAGUCUAUCCUAAAUGAGAAGACUACCGAGGCAGAGCCUGAACCAGAAGCUGCGGCUACAGAAAAGCGGGAGCAGAAUCCGGUGCCAGAGCAGACCCAAGAGGCAGCUGCAGAACCGGCCCAGGAUGAACAGCCUGCGGAGGCUACUUCACAAGAGCCUGAGUCAGAGCAACAUGCAACGGAGCCAAGUUCCGAACAAAACUCCACCACUGUUCCAGUAGACACGGAGCAGACGUCGGAAGAGCCAACUGUUGAUGACCUCGCUACGACGGACGAUGUCCCGGAAACUGCUGCUGCUAUUCCCAAGGCUUCGAAUGAAGUAGAUCAACCCGACUCUGCAGUAGCAGGUCACGAGACCAUCCACGCAGACGAAGCUAUUCCAGAGGUUGAAACCGAGAAAACCGCAGAGGAGCCUGUUACUGAGGCUGCCCCAGAGGAGACGGCAGAGGAGCCUGUUGCUGAGAGUCAAGCUGCCGAACCCGUCGCCGAGGCUACAGAGGAGCAGACUUCAGAGGAGACUCCAGCUGCUGAAGAAGCUUCCAGCGAACCAGCUGCCGAGAAUACGGAGCAACCUGCUGUAGGACCCACCACCGAUGAGCCACAGGCUGAGGAGAUAACUGAGCCUGCCAACGAGCCGGUGGAGGAGCCUGCCCAAGAGCCAGAUGCCGAGGCUACUACGAAACCCGAUCCAGAAUCUUUGGAGGAGAACAAUUUAUCAGAGCCAGCUACAGAGGCACUGAAUGUUGAUGCAGCCCCAGCGGAAGACUCCAAGCCAGAGGAGCCCAACCCCGAAGCUGCUGCGGAACCAGCCAUCGAAGUAACCUCAGAUCCAGUCGCUGAACCUUCUACUGAACAGCCCGUCGCCGAAAAAGAAAUCUCCACACCUGUUGAAGAGCCUGCUGCUGUCGAAGAGCCUGCUGCUGUCGAAGAGCCUGCUGCUGUCGAAGAGCCUGCCGCCGUGGAAGAGCCUGCCGCUGUCGAAGAGCCUGCUGCCGUGGAAAAGCCUGCUGCUGUUGAAGAGCCUGCCGCUGUCGAAGAGCCUGCUGCCGUGGAAAAGCCUGCCGCUGUCGAAGAGCCUGCUGCCGUGGAAGAGCCUGCCGCCGUGGAAGAGCCUGCCGCCGUGGAAGAGCCUGCCGCUGUCGAAGAGCCUGCUGCCGUGGAAAAGCCUGCUGCUGUUGAAGAGCCUGCCGCUGUCGAAGAGCCUGCUGCCGUGGAAAAGCCUGCUGCUGUUGAAGAGCCUGCCGCUGUCGAAGAGCCUGCCGCCGUGGAAAAGCCUGCCGCUGUCGAAGAGCCUGCCGCCGUGGAAGAGCCUGCCGCCGUGGAAGAGCCUGCCGCCGUGGAAGAGCCUGCCGCCGUGGAAGAGCCUGCCGCCGUGGAAGAGCCUGCCGCCGUGGAAGAGCCUGCUGCUGUUGAAGAGCCUGCCGCUGUCGAAGAGCCUGUUGCUGUUGAAGAGCCUGUUGCCGAAGAGCCUGUUGCCGAAGAGCCUGUUGCCGAAGAGCCUGUUGCCGAAGAGCCUGUUGCCGAAGAGCCUGUUGCCGAAGAGCCUGUUGCCGAAGAGCCUGUUGCCGAAGAGCCGGCUGCUGUUGAAGAGCCUGCUACUGUUAAACCUGAGGCGACAGAAGAACCCACCGCUGAGGAUUCUUCUACUGCCCCUGAACCUACAGAAACUACAAGCACUGAACAGUACAGCGCUUCCGCUCCCACUGAGCAGCCUACUGUUGACGAACCAGCACUUGAAGAGCCUGCGAAGGAUACGACCGCUGAGGAGCCCGCUGAAGUGAGCGAAGACGUCACGUCCACGGAAGAGCCAUCCUCCGAGCAGCCUACUACGACUGAAACUGCCACUGAAGAUGCGACCACUCCCGCUGUUGAGGAGCCUUCCACCGAGCCACAGGCUGAACCCGUCGAGGAGUCCUCCAAGGAGAUCCCUGCUGAGGAGCCUGCUGUCGAACCUUCCACCCAGGAUGAAAGCCCGACCGAAACUUCAACCGAGGAGCCCGUAAAGACGGCCGUCAUAGAGUCGACUGAGAACAAGCCAGUGGAAGCUGAACCCGCUGCUGCAAAGUCGACUGCUGAAAAAGUCGCUCCACCAGUUGAGGAGACAUCUGUCGGGCAAACGACCGCCGAGGAGCUGGCUCCGGCGAGUGAACCAGUUCCGGAGGUACCAGCUGUUGAGGACUCCCCUGUUGAGCAAGUUUCAGAAGUUGCACCAGCAACCGAGCAGACCGAAAAGGUCAACACUGCUUCAGAGGAGCCCGUUGAGGAAACACAGCUCGAGCCUGCGGCUGAUUCGACUGCUGUGGAGACAACUGAGGAGACUCCUCAAGAGGGUGACGAAACUCCUGCCGUUGAUGGACCUGCGCCUGAGGAUCCUGCUACAGAUAUUGACCAAUCUGUUUCUGAGCAAUCUGCUGAAGGUCCUACUUCGGAGGAACCUGCAGUGCCAGAAUCUGUGCCCGAGAUUUCCGCCCCAGUCGAGCAGCUGACUACAGAUGGAGACGCCGAGCCAGCUGCUGCUGAUGACACUCUCACCGAAGCGCCCGCUGUGGCAGAGUCAAUCACCGACAAGCCUGUCCAAGAUGUGACCCCGGCAGUUGAGGAACCUGUUGAGGAAGAACCUGCUGCGGAGAAUGCUGCUAGUGCAGAGAAGGUGGCUGAUGAGCCUGUAUCUGAACCUGCGGCAGCGGCUGCUACUACCACUGCCGAGGGUGCAGAUCCUGAGCAGGCAGAUGAAACGAUGCAGCCCGAGGCACCUUCUGAGCCAGCCGCGACUGAGUAUGAAGCUGAAAGCAAAGAAGUGACUCGGGCGGCCGAAGUGGGUACUGCAGAUGAACCUAUUCAACCCGAGGCGCAGCCCGAACAGGCUUCUGAAUCUGAACCUACCGAGGAGCCUCAGCAGAAAAAGCACGAGGAUGUUGUGAAGGAUCAUUCACUGACUCCUGAGAUCCUCGGGGCUGGUGUUGCAGCUGCAGCUGGUGUUGCUGCGGUUGGCGUGCUGUCUGAAUCGAAGGAACCCGAGACAGUGGCACCUGCAGCAGACCAGCAGGCCUCCAAGUCAGCAGAAGUGGCUAAUAAGGCCGUUAUUGAUGGCAAGGACGCCGAGACCAAGGUUCCAACAACGGAGGCGCAGCCUGAAGACUGUAAGCCGACCCCGUUCCUCUUGAACCGUUCCUCUGUUCUGUCUUUGGAUGCUGAUCCGGUUCUUGCAGCCCUCGCCGGCGACCGCGAAGCCCUCCUCCAAAAGCUCAACAUCCCCUCCACGGACCAGCUCGCCACCGCAGCUAGCGCCAGUGAAGAGCAACCAUCGACUAUCAAGAAGGCCCGCGUUGAGGACGCAAGGCCGGAAGUAGUCGAAGAACCUGAAGCUUCCACUAGCAAGUCCGCGGCCGCGGCCGGUAAGACAGAUGGAGAUGCUCGUCCCCCGAGCCAGAAUCGGUCAGUGACUGCUGUUUCUCUGAAUAAUGCACCUGACAGCUGGCUCAAGGCGAUCUGGCGCAACGUCUUUGUGAACUUCUUUGGUGCCAUUUUUGCGCCCUUCCGCCGUCGUCGUGGAAAGGGCAGCAACAAAUAA